AUGUCUCAGGCCGAUCGCUUUGUGAGUUUUUUCUUGAUGAAAGUUCAAAGAAACACUCAAAAACAGAUAAUUUUUUUUGUAUCCGAAUAUUCUUACCCAGGUUAACCUACCAAAGUGACCCAGUCCCUAUCACACCAUUCCCUAGUGAUUUAUAUUUAUUCAACUCUUCAUCCCCAGCUUGAACUGUUUCUUUCAGGCUCCGUCAAACAACCAGAAAUCGUCCAAAGUCUCGACUCAAAAAAAAUCGACGCUGGACGGUCGUCCACCUUGGAAUAGUGGUGAGCUUUUACGAUUAACUCAUGGAAAACAUUCUAUUUGAAAUAAAGUUUACAAGAACUUUGAAAUAUUGGCUUGCGGAGCCUAGUCCUACAUCUUUCAUGACCAGCUUUAACCUUUCCAACGACUCAGACACCUACAUCGAAGGCUACGACGACGUCGACGAAAAGGGUCAUAUCCGCCGCAAAUACGUCGCCGUCGAGAAUAAAACUCGGAGCCAGGCUCAGCAGGUAGGAAGACCACAGGUAGUAACUUCAAUCAAUCUUUUCUCUGUGAAAUCUAGGGCCAAGACUAGCAAUGGAUCAAAAAAAUAACUAACUGGCCUCGGAAAUAUUAGUUACACUUACAGCGAUCAUUUCCUUGUUUUCGUAAUUUUUACCGUUUUUUUUUAAAUUAACUUUUUGUUUAUUCUCGUCUCGAUAAUUCUCCCAACAAAGGAUAAUACUCCUAAUAGAAAUCAUUUUCUGAAAGCUUUGAAACGUAUGAAUUCCUGUAUUACCUUACUUCAUUUCUUCGAACUGGUUAUUUUUUCGAAGGCGAUUAUUCGUCAAAUCAACGUAAUUUCUUGUAAGGUUGCGGAUUCAGGAUGAGCUCAACCAAUCGUGGACUCAUUCUUUGCGCGCCGAGACGCACAAGUAA